AGUACCCCCAUCCGAAAAGAAAUUAUACCUAACGGAACAAUAGCCCUGCCAACCCACCUUCCGUGAAUCUUCUUGUUGAUCCAUAGUAUCGCGAUUUGCACUUCGCCUGGCACCCCGCACAGCUUUAUUGACACCGUUGGCUCAUCCUUGUCAACCCCUAUCAUCCUCCUGAAUACCCCUAACGUCUACCAACAAUGACGGACGCACAAGCUUUGAGCGCCCUUAAUCAGCACCUAUCAAGCGCCGUCGCCAUAUCGACAUGGCUAGAGAACCGCCCCGGGGCCGGACCUGAGGGUGCACCUUACGAUAAGCUGGGGAGCGAGCUCCGAGGUGCGCUGAGCCAACUUUCCCAUCUUUCCACAGGGCCAGGCUCACGGCCUGGUGACCUGAAUGUCACCUGCGAGAGAAGGGAGACUAGACGAGAGCCUGUCAUUGUCCUUCCGCCAAUUAGACCCCUUGAGAAUGCUUCUGCCCUCCAAGGACAUGUACAGAUGAGACCUUCAACGGCUGGUGCUAGGAGAGUGUGAACCCCGAACACCGAUUGUUCCUUCCCAGGCCGGCUUCGAUAAUCGUCGACACUGUUACUGGCUCACCAGUGAGUUCAGGAUCAUCUUCUUACCCCAU